GUUAGUAAAAGGCUUACCAAUGCUAUUGUAUGACAUGCAUAACUGGGCUGAUACCUGAGUAAACAAUGUGAUUCUGCAGCGGGAGGAUUAAAGACUAAAUAGGAUUAUCAGUACAAUAUACCUUGACAUUUCUACACAUUUCCAUAACUGAGAAACAUUAAUGGGAAAAUCUGCAAUGUCAAAAACUGUAGUUACAGAAAAGAUAUUUGUGUUGUCAAGGCAGACUUGGUAAGCUGUUCAGUUCUACAUGCAGCAACCAUUGAGGCCUGUAUGAUCUAUACAACAGUACUUGGAGAAAAAUCAUUAAAAGUAACACACUGUUCUUAGUAUGAGUACAUACAUUUCCAAAAACCUAAUUUGUGCAGUCACCAUGACCUUACAUGCUCAGUGUGGCUCCAAGUAGUUGGAAGAAGAAAACCAUGAUCAGUCUAUUAAUAUGCUGAGAUGCCUUAGAGCAGAGUGGUCCUAUUUUGGAGUAAACAGUUUCAGUUCUGCCUUUUGCCAGCAGCUACAUUUCCAAACGUUGUGUAUGGAAUUGCUUCCAAUGGACUUUAAUGCUUUGAACAAGGCAGCCAGUAAAUGACAUCAGUGCAGUGGAGAGACUGUAAAUGAUCCCAGUGAUGCAGCCUGGGGGAGCCAUUGCUGCUACUAGAGUCUUCAUUUUAAAUUUUCUCAAUGUGCUGUAUGAAGUAACACUGCUGUAAAACUUUAUCACAACCAGUUAGACAGAAAAUAGGCCACGUGUGUGAUUCCCAAAUUCUGCACUAGAUUAUGGAUUUAUGAUGUCAUCAGUGUUUACCUGGCAUAAUGCAGGAUGGCAAACAAUACAUAGAAGAAAUCUCCUGAGACGGUACCCUUUAAAAAUCUAUCUCUAUGAUAUACUUUUUUGUGCCCAUAUUGUUGUUGUGAGUUAUUAAAUGGGGUGCAGGUGGCAGAGAGAAUGAAAGAACUGAUUAGUUUCUGUCCAACAUGAUAUUUCCUCACAUGCUCUGCAGUAAGUCUCUGUGGAGUAAACUGAGGCAUGGUGUUGAAUAUCCCAUUUCUAAUAAUAUUGACUCCAUCUGCUUAUUGAGUGAAUGUGUUGGAUCAAUCAGCAUCAACCCAGUGGCCUUCACAUGACAUUGCACACAAAGUCAAAAGUAAUAAUAAUUUUAUAUAAAAACAUAUGCAUUUUCAAGCAAUAGUUGCGAAACAUGUAUACAAUUGUACUACUCAUAAUCAGAAAAGUAGUAAUACUAAUUAUUUUCAUGUCCAUGGAUUUUCUCUAGGGUCCUUAUCUUUACCUUCUGUCUUAUGAGCUCCAUCGCCAACAUCUGUAGUGUGAUACACCCUCCAACAUAAACACAUCCCUCAUUGGCACCCUGUGUCCAUAGCUUUAUCUUUAUACUGCUUGGCAUUAGUUAUAAUCCCAAUAAAGAUCUCAGCAUCUUCUUUUUCAUUUGCAGCUCAAUUUCCUGUUUUUAGAUUAACCCGAAAUAUUAUACACAAUACCGCGCAGCCAUUGUUAAGCAGUGACAGCAGAACGGUAUCAUACAGUCGAUGUCAUCGGAGGAUGUGGCACUUUUGUCUCCUCAUUUCUGGGAGCUUUCUGAGUGGUCGUUCCUUUGGUGACUGUCCUCCAGGAGCUGCGCCUCGCCCCUCGGUGUCUCAGCAGCAGCAGCAGCAGCAGCAGCAGCAGAGAGAUGCUGCUGCCGAGAUCACAUCAACAGGGCGGUGCAGACGGAGAGGGAACUACGUGUUGCUGCGCAGCAACAGAUACAGAACAACGAGAGAGAGGGAGAAGGAGAGAGAGAGGGAUGGAAAAGUGAGAGGGAGAGAGAGGGAGGAAUUCCCUCGCACGAACAAAAGCGACACGUCUUCCGGGGCGUGUAUUGUAUCUCUUUACGCCUGGUGCUUGCGGCUGAAUGAGGUCUAAACGCCACUGGAUGCAGGGUGUGAGGACCACCGUGAUGCUCCACCAAGCUCUGAGAACGACAUCCGAAGAAGCAGGGACGAACAUUUCUUCCUAUUUUGGAGACACGAUCACGUUUGACAUCGUGCAGACUAGACGGUGUUUCAGUCUCCUCCUCUGUUAAAGAUGUGAGGAUCAAGCCGACACACAGACGCGCCUGUCUGGGCUCCAGAGGACACUUGUCUCUAAUGUGUCUACAUUUUAAAAACUGAACUUUCUUCCUCGCCUCGAAAUUGCAAUAUGCCAUCACCAAAGUUGGAUCUCAGAGUUUUCCUGUAGGAGGACUCAGUGAAAAGGUUUAAAAAAUGACAGGUCAGAUUCAAGUAGAAUCGUGCAGCGGGGUUCACAUGGAUGACAACGCUGCCAUCCGCAUCAAUGUGGGCGGCUUCAAGAAGCGUCUCCAGUCCGACACUCUCUCCCGAUUCCCGGAGACCAGACUGGCGCGUCUGCUCCACUGUCAGUCCAAAGAGUCCAUACUGGAGCUGUGCGACGACUACGACGACGCAGAGAAAGAGUUUUACUUCGACAGAAACCCAGCUCUUUUUCCUUAUGUGCUGAACUUCUACAACACGGGGCGGCUGCACGUCAUGGCCGAGCUGUGCAUCUUCUCCUUCAGCCAAGAAAUCGAGUAUUGGGGCAUCAACGAGUUCUUCAUCGACUCCUGCUGUAGCGGUGCGUACCACUGUAGGAAAAUGGACCAGGACCGUGAGGACUGGGAUGAUCGGAGCGAUGAAGGCAGCACCACCUCAUCUUUUGACGAGCUGUUGGAGUUUUACAACGACGCCACCAAGUUUGACAAACAGUUUUUCGGGAGCGCACGGAGGCGCAUCUGGUUAAUGCUGGACAACCCCGGUUAUUCCAUACCCAGUCGCAUUAUCAGCAUUCUCUCCAUCCUGGUGGUGCUUGGCUCCAUUGCCACCAUGUGCAUGAACAGCAUGAGCGAGUUCACUCUGACGGACAGCCAGGGGCAGCCCACGGAGGAUCCACGCUUCGAAACUGUGGAGCACUUUGGCAUCGGCUGGUUCACCCUGGAGCUCGUGGCACGCUUCAUAGUGGCCCCGGAUCUUCUGCAUUUCUUCGACCACCCACUGAACGUUAUAGACUUGGUAUCGAUACUUCCGUUUUAUCUGACACUGCUUAUAAACCUGGUGGUGGAGAGCAGCCCAGCCCUGGCAAACCUGGGACGAGUUGCGCAAGUGCUGAGGCUGAUGAGGAUUUUCCGCAUCCUAAAACUGGCCCGUCACUCCACAGGGCUGCGGUCCCUGGGGGCCACACUCAGAAACAGCUACAAAGAGGUUGGUCUGCUGCUCCUCUAUCUGGCCGUCGGAGUUUCCUUUUUCUCCGUGAUGGCUUACACGGUGGAGAAAGAGGACACUGAGGAUCUCUCCACCAUUCCUGCCUGUUGGUGGUGGGCCACCGUCAGCAUGACAACGGUUGGCUACGGGGAUGUGGUGCCUCUGUCCAUUCCGGGGAAACUGACCGCCUCGGCCUGCAUCCUGGCUGGAAUCUUAGUAGUUGUGCUUCCAAUUACGCUCAUUUUCAACAAGUUCUCUCUUUUCUACAAGAGACAGAGACAGCUGGAGAUAGCGAUGAGAAGCUGCAACUUCGACGAAGGCAUCAAAGAGGUGCCCUCCGUCAACCUGAGGAACUAUUACGCACACAAAGUCAAAUCCCUAAUGGCCAGUUUAUCCAACAUGAGCCGGAGUUCUCCCAGUGAGCAGAGUUUGAAUGAGUCCAUACACUGACGCAGUUUUAUCCGGGGAUCUAAUCUCUGUGGCUCGGUGGUUUCACCGUUUGUUUAUUUCGUAGCGGUUGCAUGAGGAGCUGUCCCCGGUGCUGAAUUACAGACCGUACGCAAGUAACAAAAUGAUUCUCUCGUAGCCUACUGUUAAGCCCCGACAAAAGACGCCAUGCGGUGGUCUUCUGGUUUCCAAACUUUUACACAUUAGUAACCCUCAAAGAUUGCAAGUCCAAGUAGCGAUGACAUUCUUAUUGGAAUAGUCUCAGACCUUCGUUUUAAAAUAUCUAAUAAGCAAAUGCUGCAAUGUACUGUAGAUAGCAAAACUGAAAGUCAGAAUAAGACAACUUCGGGCCAGGUGACUGAAGGUUAAAUAUAUAGUUAUUAUAUAAGCAAAUUCUAUUACAAUUAACCCCCCCCCCCCCAAAAAAAAGUAGCCUAGUUGACUUUCUUUUAAUAAAAAUAUUUUCUGGACAUCAUUUCUUGAAACUAAAAAAAUGUAACCAAAUGUGGGUACAUAGAAACAUUAAAUCAACUGACAGAUUAUACUGAUAAGAAGUUCUGUAAUGUAAACAGAGGGUGAUAAUACUGUGCGAUUAGGAUUGACUCCAGUAAUGUGAAUUAUUUUCAACCAGGUUUCUUCACAGUCACCGCUGACACACGUAUGACUAAAAUUAUACUUACUUAUAUCAACAUGGAUUUAAGUUAAUUAAAAAAACAAGUUAAUUCAUACAUAAGUGGUGGACCUUUAGUCUUUUUAGGGGAAGGGGAUUCCUUCAACAGCUUAGUCGUCGGCGUCCCAUGUUGCCUCAUUGUUUAAAGGUUGGGUUUGUAAACAUAUGGUUACCGGUUUGAAUCCAGGCGCCAGCAGGACUUUGGUAUCUUGAGCAAAAACCAAGAAGACGCCCACUUUUUUUGAGCAUUAUAAAGGUCAUCCAAGAGAUAAUCACUCCAUGCCCAUUUCUUAUAAUCACUGGAGUGUUCACAGAUAAGCUAAAUGUUUUGAGACAUAACCUUAUGGGGUUAGUGCUACAAAUGAUGUCUGAUUGUUUGCCUAUCUGUAGCUCAGUGCAAUACUGUGUUGAUCUAUAUGUCAGUAACAAAGAGAAAACAACUAAAUGUAAAAGCGAGCCUGAAUUUAUUGUGUCACUGUGCAACUUCAUAGUCCCUCCACAGACAGGCCAAACAGAAAUUGGCAGCGUCAGAUCAAAAGAAGACAGAGAAUGCUGUUGGCGUUUCAAAUCCUAGAAGGUGUCACACUGUUGUCCAGCUAUACUCAAUGUACUGAAUCUGUCUGAAAGUAACUCCAGGUGUAUCCUGUUCUAUUGUGUCAACAUGUACAGUGAAUUGUGGUGUUGCUGCAAGAUGACAUUAGACAUGUGUAUAAAAGGUAUUAAACAAGAAACUACACAGAAAACAUGUACCUCUUUGUCUCUUACUGUGCAGAUCAGAGCAAGGCUGUCACAGUCAACUCACAGUGUGAGCUUUUGUGAUUAGGAUUA